AUGGAAAAUGAUGGCUUUACAAUUCAUAAUUUCACAAAAAAGAAAUCACACAGAAACCUGCCUGCUGAAGCGGAUGUUUCACCAAGUCAACGUUCCAGAAGAGCCAAGCCUUCUGGUAUAUGCUUGUGCAAGAACCGCAGGCUGACAGCGCUCCAACUUGAGAGACAAGCAUUCAGGAUCAGGCUCCCACAUUUCCAUGCAGCCCCUGGUCGGCCAACAAUUGUAAUCAGCGAAAUUAGAUCCGACCCUAUCAAAAACCGCUUCCCGGAAAGUGGCAGAUCGACUAACCCUAUCCCGGUCAAGCUUUGCGCACUAGCCCGCCAAGCUCUGACUAAUCAGGAAAUUCAACUUCCUGUCUGGGAAUGGCUCCGGAAAAUGUUUUGCUUGCUAGUCCCAAUAGGGGCUGGUGCGAUGGAUCCAAAUGACUCGAAAGGGCAACCAUCCCCGGGGGAGAAGUUACUGACCCGAAAAACCCUCGACAGCCAGUUAUCAUUAGUGUUGAUUCCGAAUCCCCAACUCGGCUGCAACAACAUUAUCAUCGGAUGGCUCGGACCAACCGCUCAGCUGUCUCCUGAGCAGAGACGGAAGGAAAACUCUUCGUCCUCCGCGACACGAGCAAGAACCAGUUUUCAAGGGUAA